AUGUCUCGCCAGCCCGUUUCACAAUCCCCAAGACUCCAGGUCCAAACCAAACCGAACGAUCUUGACCUUCCCAGGAAUGGUCAAACUCAUUUAAAAGAAAAUUCGCUCUAUCGUGUCAUCCUUGUCGACGCUGAAUCAAGAAUUGACGAGCGGGAGGCCGACUUGACGGGUCUCUUCUGCGUAGAAUGGCAAAUAUGGCCUUUGCAAGGGCAGCGAGAGUACGAUAAUUAUGUCGUUUGUGUGGAGUUCGACAAAGGUGGAAAAUUGUCUGUGAUUGAUGGGGGGCUCCAUAACUGGCUGCGGGAACCCUGCGUGGCCGAAAGUCUUAAACGAAACCCAAGCAUUGGAUGCCCAAGAAUCAUCGUUAAAGAAAAAUGCGUCUUUGAUGUGCUGACUAGCACAUCGCUGACAGUUGAUGCGGCAGAAGAGGAUCACUGCGUUGCAUUUUCGAUAAAGAUGGCCACAUUUGAUAUUCGUAAAGCACCAGUGCAAAUCGCGGCCGAGUUCAAAAAAUGCGUUCCGAAUGCCAUCGAAAAACUCCUGUCAAAUGGCGCAAUCACAGCUCUUUGUCACACGAAAUUCCCAACUUCGCGGACUGGGACAGACAUAAUUGGUGACUCAGUGACUGCUCACUUCGGCGGCAGCGGCCAUCCAGAGAAUGCGUUCCCUUCCACAAGGAUCCGAGAAAUGAACAAAUAUCCCACGCCUGAGCAUGCCCCGUCAUCAGUCGAGAGUAGGGGAUGCUUGAAUGGCGAUACCCACAUGCAAAGCAACCUCUAUUCGGUCCACCCUCCCAUUCCUGGUCCAAAGGUUCUACACGAUAUGCGUCCGCAGACGUUGUUCCACAAGUCCAUGAUGCUGUCAUGGAUUGAAGAGAGUCCAACGAGUGAUCGUACCCUCGUCACAGAGGUACUUCUUCGCCUUCAAGCAAGCAAUGUAGCUUUUAUGGGGCUUUUCUAUAUAAACGUCUUUACGAAAUUGAGCGAGGAGGCAUGCAGAAGCGCCCUGAGGACAUGGAGCUACAUGACUCCAGUUCUGUCACCCAGCAACGACCGAAGAAAUGCCCUCGUCAUAAUUUUGUACCAAGGCGAUACCGAGAAGCUUACAACAGAUUUGGAAGUAAUGGAGAUGGAAUGGAUUGAUAAAUGGAUGCUCGGCUUAUGUCUAGGGGUGAGAAGGCUUGAGACUUACCACCUGAGCAAGCUGAUGGAAUUCAUCUCGCAUAUUCCAAGUCUUGAGGAUUUAAUUCCAGUAAAGGAUAGCUCUUCCUUAGUCGGAGGUCAUUUGUGA